GUCAGCUUCCUGAAACGGGAUUCCACUCCGAAAAGUGAGCGGGCACAUUCGCCCCUCUUUUUCCUCUCUUUUGUAAAAUUAUAUAAAGCGGUGUUGUGUGCUGUUGUUACUGAAGUACUGUAUCGUGGUGUGUGUACGGGUCUAAACAAUAUAUUAUAUAUCCAACAAACUAUAAAAUGAGUUUCUUAAGUUUUGGGCUCGGUAGUAAACGGAAGCAAGCCAACAAGACGAAAUCCUCAUCAUCCACAACGUCAUUACAAUCAAAACCACUCUUUCUAUGUUACCCGUACGUGACCCACAUGCUCGUCAAGGGCAAUUUCAAGACCAUCAUUGAACUACCAAAAUAUGUGGAUGCCAACGAAUGGCUUGCUUUCAACACAUUUGAAUUCUUCAACUUGAUCAACUUGUUCUACGGAUCAAUUACGGAUUUCUGUUCGUCACAAACAUGCCCAACGAUGUCUGCUGGGCCUGGUGUCGAGUACCCAUGGUCCGAUGCACAAUCCAAAAAAAUCAAACUGCCUGCACCGCAAUACAUUGAUUAUAUGGCAACAAGCAUACAAAACAUGUUACAUGACGAAACUAUAUUCCCCACCAAAGCAGGCUGUGAAUUCCCUCGCGAGUUCCCAACCAUCAUCAAACGUAUCUUUGGCCAACUCUUUCGGCUUUUCGCGCAUAUUUAUCACCACCAUUACGACAAGAUCCUCUCGCUAAACCAAGAACCACACUUCAAUUCAUUGUUUGCACAUUUCAUAUCGUUUGCACGCGAAUUCAACUUGCUGGAUAAGAAAGAAAUACAACCCUUGCAGGAAUUGGUCGAUAUCAUGAUUAGAAACGGCGUGAUAUCCUGAGUAAUAUCAAUAAAAAGGGACU